AUUUAUUUCAUCCUUUACAAAGAAAAUAAAUACUCCUUUAUAACAAGCUUUUAUUCUCUCCAUAUAAGGUUUCAUUCAAAAACAAUAGAUAAUUUUUAAUUCUUUCCAAAUGGAAAAUAUUUUUUUUUUACUAUAAUAGAAAAUUCGCAUGAACUUUUUUCAUUUUUUCCUUCGGAAUUACGGAACUACAUCGAUCGUCUAUCCAACCACGUGCUAAUGUAACCUGCGACAAUAUAACGAAAAUAAAAAUACACACAAAUAACUUCACAAAUAAUAAUACAGAUAAAUUUCAAAUUUGCGUAUGUUUCGACGAACGGUUGAACGUAUUUCUUUUGUUAUUGGUGGUGCACUUUUAGGGGCAAUUGGAUUGUACGAGUAUGAAAAGUUAGGACCUAAACUUCCAGCUCCACUUCCAACAUUGAAGCCGCCGUUGACGUCAAUAGUACCGGAAUUUCCUUGGACUGGAUGGCGUGACACUGCAAUUAAUGAUUUAUUUGAAAGAGAUGCAUACAUUACAUCUUAUAAUCGACGAUUACGUCACCCAAAUUGGGUAUUAGAACAUCUUACAGAAGAAUCAUUGAAACGAGGGGAAGGAGUUGAUCGUAGUAAAUCUCGAUUUCUAGAAGAUCUAGAUAUACCAGAAAAAUUUCGUGCUAGAUUAGCCGAUUAUGUUAAAUCAGGAUAUGAUCGUGGUCAUAUGGCACCCGCUAGUGAUGCUAAAUUUUCACAAGUAGCUAUGGAUCAAACUUUUCUUUUAACUAACAUAGCUCCGCAAGUUGGUAAUGGAUUUAACAGGGAUUACUGGGCACAUUUUGAAGAAUUUUGCAGGAGAUUGAUUUAUAAAGAAGGUUUUGAAAACGUUUAUGUAUUCACAGGACCAGCAUAUUUACCAAAGAAAGAAAAUGAUAAGUGGUAUGUAAAAUAUGAAAUGAUAGGUAGUAUUGCAGUUCCAACACACUUUUAUAAAGUGAUCUUGGCAGAUAGGGCAGAUAAGGAUGAUCCAAAAAAACGCUUUUAUGCUUUGGGUGCUUUUCUAAUGCCAAAUGAACGCAUAAGCGAUACCACACCGUUGCAAGUAUAUAAUGUUACUCUUGAUAGUUUAGAAAGAACAACAGGGUUAACUUUCUUAAAUCAAGAUAUUGUAGAUAAAUCCGUUCCUCUUUGUAGUGUAGAAGCAUCAAAAUGCAUCAUUGUUGCUAAUCCAAAACACAUUAAAGAAGAACUGAGGUCUGUUUUGCCAGAACCUUUAAAGGAUAAAAGUGAGACAAAAGUUAAUAUUUAAAUAACAAAACAUUUUUGAUAUAUGCAAAACAUAAAUAAAAUGAUUUUUUCUUGAGCUUAUUCGUAUUAAUUAAAUACAAAAAUAUAAUUACAUUGAUGGAAGAGAAAAAAAAAUUGAAUUAUAAAAAAAAAAAUAAAAAAAAAAAAU